AAACAGCACCACUAUUUUACGGCAACAGAAAUCCUCUCAGUGUUUGGUAGCUGACUUGGAGCUACAGACCUUUACUACUGCAAGAAGAAAAGAGGAGAGAGAGAGGUGUACAGAUUAUUUUUCAGAAGCACGAGCAGUAUCUUGAAGAAGAGAUGACAUUUAUUUGCUUACUUUUCUUCUUUAUGCUGAUGAACAUCUUAACAGAUGCACGAUCAAUCCAUGAUGGAGAUGCUCUCUAUCGGGAGUCCGCAGCCCUGCCCUACUGGCCCUUCUCAUCCAGUGAUUUCUGGUCCUACGUGGAAUAUUUCCGGACCCUAGGAGCCUACGACAGGGUUGAAGAAAUGGCCAGAACCUUGUUUGCCCAGUUCCCGUUUGGGAGCCGCCUUGGCUACCACGUGCCCACCGCCCAGCACUAGCUGCUCCGCUCCCUGUUUAACUGAAUGGAUGGCUGCCAGCAAACGCACCGCAGCUGCCCCUCAGUGACCUAUUAACACCCACAGUAGCCAGCUACAGCAUUUCACACUCUAAGUUAGUCUUACUUUUUCUCAAUUUAUGCUUUUGUGUGAAAUCAAUAAACUCCUUAAUUCUGUCGUGCAGUUUGGGGAGAUUUUUUUUUUUACGCAUGACGCUUGCAGCUUUGAUUCAGGAAACCGAUCUCUGUGUGUACCGCAGUCAAAUACCAGUCCACCCAGUUUGGUGACUGGAAGGACCCCCCGGUCCGGUACAACCCACGGCAGCAUCCCUUGCGGGGUCAGGGCCCAGAUUCGCCUUUUUGCUGACUUCGCCCCCUUCGCCAUGGCAACGGCGGGCCCGAGGCCAGGCAACCGUAGAGAGGAGACCUCCGGCAGCGCAGAGCGGCAUGCCGCCGGCCCGCCCUAUAGCGGAAGUUGACGCGGCGCGGCCGGAAGCGGUGGCGCGAAGGGGACGAGUGGAGCUGCCAUGAAGCCGGCGGUGGACGAGAUGUUCCCUGAGGGAGCCGGUCCGUACGUGGAUCUCGAUGAGGGGGAAGCACGGGGCUGCUGAUGGACCUGGCUGCCAACGAGAAAGCGGUGCACGCCGACUUCUUCAACGAUUUCGAAGAUCUCUUUGAUGAUGAUGACAUCCAGUGAACUUAGUUGUCCAGCUAUGCAGUGCUGAGAUGUGGAUUUUUCUCUAGGAUCACCUGUGGUGUCCAUUAUUUAUUAAAAUAAUCAAAACAGGAAAAUCACAAAGGGGGAGAAAACCUGUAUAAGCUGCUUGGGGAAUAUGAAAACCGGAUGGUUAAACACAACUAAGGAGGGAAUUGUGAACUGUUAUUUGUUAGGAAGUUGUGUCUGGAUUUUUCUUAAAAUGUUACUUGCUGAUGUGCUCAUUCAAUAAAGUAUUUUAAAAAACCCCACAACACAGUCUGGGAUAUAUUUAGAAGUAAAUAUUGCUGUGUUCUGAGUUUCCUUAGAGAAUGCUUUUUUUUGUCGUUGUUAAAUCGUUCAGUGUUACUUUUGGAUAUUUUAUAAAGAUACUCGUCAGGGCAUAUUCCUGCCUAGAAAAGUCUUGUUUAUCCAAGGGUUAUCCGAGGCUGAUAGCUGCUUGUUCUGAAUGGUCUGACUCUAGUUUGCCAGUCACAGUAAGAAGAGUGUGCGUUGUCUUCUGUGUCAAGAUAGAUACUCAGCUACCAUCAGUACUUUUAAUCCAGGAAGCACGGGAAGAAAAAGUAGUUUUAUCUUGAUAUUUUAAGCAGAGAAAUGUUCUGGCCCUGGGAAUUGUUUGGUUUAAAAAUCUAAUUUAAUUCUUGAGACUGUACUCUAUAGAAAGAAAAGAAUUUUGGGAUUUGUUUCUCCUGCAGCAGGUAAUGUAAUCAUUCAUACCUUUAUGUAGAGUGUUUAUGAAUCAGUCAGACUUUGACACAAGUUUUUAGAACACUUUUAGAAAUGUUUGAUUUUUGCACCGUGCAGUGACCCAAGUGACUCUCAGAAUGAAAGGAACAAGUGAGGUUUUAUUAUGUUUCAGAGUCGAGAGUUUCAUCCUCUCUGAUCUUAAAUACAGUCUGUAUUCCGUAAAUUGAUCACAAUACUGUGACUGAUCUUUCUUCAAAGACUUAACCCAAUUUAAAUUUAAUCUGGAAUGAAAACCUUUCCUCUCAAACUUCUUUCACGUGUUGGUUUAUUUUUCUUGGGUUUGCCUUAAAAAAGAAAAUUUUAAAUGUAACAGUAAAUAUGCUUAAAAAUGUAAACACAAUAAAAUCAGUAAAACUUG